CUAAAUUAAGACGGCGGCGGAAGUGUGUAUCCAGAAUAGCGCGUCUACGAAUAAUCUAUUGCGGUCAUCCAAUCAAAUGUAGCAACACUCCCACGGAUUCACAACGUAAAAUACAUUUGCCCCUCCAUUUUUUUCACCGUUUUGGGGGUCAUACGUAAAAAGAAUCUGUGCAUAUUGACUGGCGGGUGUUGUGUCAAAGUGACUGGAACACGAAAUCCCAAGUCAUCAUGGUCAGGUUGGACCUGGAUCAAGUCGUGCUGAGGAGAAUGAAAGAGGACGACGUUGAGAUGGUCAAAGCUCUCAUUAAGGAAGGCUGCGAGGGCAUGGAAAACCGCCUCAUCCUGCACAUCCUCACUCGUCCGCUCUGCCUUUUCAUCCUGGCAGUCUUUUCGUCCGCCCUGCGCUGCCUCAUUCACUCCUUCAUCCUGGCCCUCGCCAUUCCCGUCUUUCUGCUCAUCAUCUACCUUAAAAUCACCAUACCGCGCUCCACGGGGGUUCUGGGCUGCAGCCGCCCCUCCUGGGACUACGCGGGCAGCAGUUUCAGGGGCGCGCAUGAUGACAUCCUGCAGAAUCCUUACUCUCGGAUCAGUGGCAAGAAAGCAGUGACAAAGAAGCCAAGUCGCAGAAUCGGAGCCAACGAAAAAGACACGGAAGCAUCGUCGGAGCCGAUCACGCCGGAGAGGGAGCAGGCGGCAGGGCUGGUGUGGGUGGCGGAGAGCGAGGGCGAAAUCUUGGGCUGCCUCUUCCGAGAGAGCGAGAAGCGAGCCGGCGUCAGGAGGUUCUGUCGACUGGUGACCAGCAACUGGUACCGCAGGGAGGGCCUGGCGCGCCUCUUCGUCCACAGCCUGGAGCGCAAGGAGAGAGAAACGGGCGCCUUCCGGGUCUACGCGCAUGUGCCCUACCCGUCCAAAGUGGGCGAGGUCUUCUUCAGGAAAAUGGGUUACCGGCAGCCCGGGGAGGAGGCUGAAGGCGAGGACGGCGAUGAGCGCGCUCGGCCGGAGACUCCGGAGAGAGGCUUUCUGGGAUAUCCGCUCACCAAGGUGUUUUACAAAGACUUGUGAUGCGCGAAUGACUUCAAGGUACGCAAAAGUGAACGUUUCAUUUUACGAAGCAGUGAUGCCGCCGCUGCUCCGUGUUAAGAUACUGAAGUCUGCCAAGUAUUAUAUGGACACAUAUUUAUUACCUCCCGUAAGGAUGUUGUGCUGGUCCUUUGUUUUUUGUUUUUUUUUCAUGAUGUGAAAUUUUUUUCUGUUCUACCAAGAUGCUUCAUGAUGCCAUAAAACAGUUUAGAAAGUCAAAUCUCUACCGGCAAUCCAGAUCUUGUGCAUUUGGCCAAAUUAUUUUUUCAUUCAUUCAUCUUCCGUACCGCUUGAUCCUCACUAGGGUCGCGGGGGGGUGCUGGAGCCUAUCCCAGCCGUCUCCGGGCAGUAGGCGGGGGACACCCUGAAUCGGUUGCCAGCCAAUCGCAGGGCACACAUAGACAAACAACCAUCCGCACUCACACCUAGGGACAAUUUAGAGCGUCCAAUCAGCCUGCCACGCAUGUUUUUGGAAUGUGGGAGGAAACCUGAGCACCCGGAGAAAACCCACGCAGGCCCGGGGAGAACAUGCAAACUCCACACAGGGAGGCCGGAGCUGGAAUCGAACCCGGUACCUCUGCACUGUGAAGCCGACGUGCUAACCACUGGGCUACCGGGCCGCCACGGCCAAAUUAUAUUUAACAUUAAAAAUACUAUUCAACAUGGGGGAGGGUCUUUUUUUUUCCAACGCUAAACCUGAUAAUGCACCCUCCUUGAAUUUUUUUAUUGGCCCAUCUUCAAUUUUCUGAUGUUUUAUUGCACUGAAUAUAAUAAGAAUUUUAGCGACAUAGCAUUGACUUUACAUAUGCUAAUAGGCUGAUAUCUUAUCUUAUCUUAUAGUGUAAGCAUAUUUAUACAGUGAUGCGCAGAACUUUCUUAGGGGGGGGGGCAAGAGUUCAUUUGAAAGUAUGUUCAAAUAUUUGAUUUCAUCGAUACGCAAAUGGCAAAUCACUUCAGUUCCGUCCAACGACUUUUAAUGGAUUUACGCGUUGAUCCGAAUCUGUUAAAGUGUGUUUGCUCAAUAUGAGUGUGUGUUUUUUUUUUUUUUUUUGCGUGUUUCCGCACAGUCAUGUGAAACAGUAAAACUGUAACUGCAAAAAUGCACAUUCACUGUAAUAGGAAGUCUUUGUGGUUUAAGUGAGUGUGCGGAACGGGGUUGCCUUCACGUACAAAACAAGCACCCCUUCUCAACCACAUCGCACCUGCAUAACACCUAUACAGUUGCUGAAGUGUUUUUUUUUUUAAUGUACUUUUCUUCGGUAUGCUUUACACUUUGAAGAAUGGCGGGCAAAACUGAAAAAUGUACUCUACCGUACGGCCACUUGCACUAUCCGGGGAGACACGAUCGAGUUGUGUGAAAACACUCAAGCUACGACGAUAGCAUAGAUUUCAUAAAUUCAGAUGUCAGUUAGAGUCAGUCUUCUGUCACUUUGUACACGAAAUCUGCAAAGUACAAGAUGGGCACAUUUACAUUCACCCACCCCCC